UUUACAAUGUACAACUCAUUAUUCGUUUAUUAGUUUUUUAACUGCUACUGCGGAAAAAAAACCUCUUGAAUAUCUCCAUCAUGGAAGAUGUGGCAAAGCUGAUGAGUGGUCACGGGUAAAGACAGUGUGCCUCUGCCGACCAGACGGUUUUCUGACCAGUUGAAUAGCUGUAAGGUUUUUCAGCGAGAUUGGAUUCUUACGACAGACCAUAGAGACAACUUGAUCAUCAGUACCAUAGAAAGCGUAUUGACAGCUGAACUAGGAGAAAUAAUGUCAAUAGUCGUUUGGCAAUGGCUCGCGGAGAACGUGGCUUAGCGUCCUUCCUCCUUUUGGAGUUCUUUAGUUUUGUUAUCUCUAAGAAUUUUCACUUGGGACUGAUGAUGUUAAGAGGUAAACGGAAUUGGGCCAGCUAUGAACUCCAAGCAAGUGCUAUAUCUAUUGCUGUAGAAAACGCAAGAACGGACGGCUAUUUCCUAAAUCAUACUUUUACGGUUACGACAUGUUUUGAAGAAAAUAUGUCGCAGACGGCGGGAGAGACAGUUCGCUUAAUUACGGAGGAGAAAAUUGACCUGCUGCUCGGUCAUCCCUCGUCAAAACGGAAUCUUGGGCCUGCCUACGUAACGCCCUACUAUAACUUACCCCACAUCAGCUGGGAGGCCAACGACCCGACCUUCAGCAAGAAGGACAUCUUCAAGACCUUCAUCCGACUGUCCGCUACAUUCAACAAAGUGGGGCUAGCCACCGUGGCCCUCUUCUCAGAGUUCAAAUGGAAUGUGACGGGGUUACUAAUCCAAGCCUCAUACGACGUAUGCUUACAUGCUAUGAAUGGUUUUCUGGUCAAAGUGGAUGAAAACAAUAUUACUGUUACGUCAUACCAAAGGUUUUCAGAGAUUCCCACCGUCAGCGAAAUUGACGCCUAUCUGAACAUUAUCAAGAAGACAUCCAGAAUUGUGUUCAUCUGUGCCGAAGAUGACAAUUUCCGGAAUAUAAUGAUUCGCGCUCAUCGCCUUGGAAUGACUUCUGGAGAUUACGUUUUUAUUGAUCCUAACUUCCUGUCAAACGACGAUCAUUAUCGGUACAGCACAUGGUUCAAAAACGACUCUGAUGACGUCAUAUCAAGAGAAGCUUAUCGUCAUGUGAUUCAUCUGACGGCAGCCCGAUGGUUCGACGAUGAAAGCGAGAGACGUCAUUUGGAGCUACUAAGAACAAUACCCAAGAGGAUGACGGAAUUACCAUGGAACGAUUCAAUAGCUCUUAAUGAAGGCUUAUUUCCCUCCCGUUCUGCCGCCACUCUACACGAUUCUAUGUACCUGGCUAUUCUGUGGUGGGAACACUGUUUUAAAAAUGGACUUGACCAUAGAAACGGGACAGAACUGUUUAAGUUCACUCACAAAUUGUCUUACAAUGGUACGAGUGGUAAGAUCUAUUUCGAUGGUAACGGGGACAAACAGCCCGCCUUCUGGGUGGAAGACCUAAAGAACACCAGCGACGAAACCCGGCUUGUUGGCAUCAUAGAGACGUACAAGGAUUCUAAGCUGUUCACUUUAUGGGAGAAAAACUUGUGGCUGACCAGCGACGGACUGGCCCCUCCCAGUACCCCUGUCUGUGGGUUCUCCAACGAAAACUGCCCACCUUUAGUCAAAGAUCACACAAGAGACAUCAUCAUCAGCCUUAGCGCUGUGGUCGUCUUUCUCAUCGCUGUCAUCAUCUCGGGGUUCUAUAUCAGAAAGAAGAAAUAUGACAUGCAGAUUUUGAAAAUGACCUGGAAAAUUGACUACAUUGAUAUAAGUAUGAAGAAAAGCAAACGAGGAAUAGGUAGUCAGCUCAGCAGGAGUGCAUUUUCCCUGAAUGACCACUGCAGCAGCACUGGAACAGUCAAUCUGAACUUUACACGGACAGCUGAAUACAACGGGCAAAUAGUGGCCCUCAAAACUAGUCAUCUGUCCGCUGUCCAGCUGACCAUGACAGACCUGGUGGAGCUGAAAGGGAUGCGGGAUUUCUUACACCCCAACGUGAAUCCGUUUGUUGGCGCUUGUAUCGAUCCGCCUAAUAUCUGCUGCCUGUUUCUAUACGGCUCCAAGGGAAGUUUGCAGGAUGUGCUGGAAAACGAUGACAUCAAAUUAGAGUGGACCUUCAAAGUAGCUAUACUGAAGGACAUUGCCAUGGGAAUGAAAUACAUCCACUCAUCCGUCCUUAAAUCUCACGGACGACUGAAGAGUUCCAACUGCAUCAUUGACAACCGAUGGACAGUCAAGAUCACCGACUACGGCGUGUCAGCGUUCCAAGCUAACCUCAAGCUACCACACGUAACAAAAAUGGAGGACUUUAAAGACUUAUUAUGGACGUGUCCGGAGAUUUUGAGAUCCGAUGAUGUGUUUCCUAGGAACGGAACACGCGCCGGUGACGUGUACAGUUAUGGUAUCAUCAUGCACGAGACGUUCUAUCGAUGUGGUACAUUCCCAUUGUCCAGCAAUACGGCAAAAGAUAUAAUUAAAAGUAUCCAAAAUGGCCAGUCUUGCAAACCCGACAUCAACAAAUUUGAGGACCUGAAGCCUCAGAUGUUGAAGCUGAUGACGAUGUGUUGGGACGACGACUGGCGACAGCGGCCGGACUUCAGCAGUAUACUGACCUUUAUCAGGGAGAACAACACAGAGGCGAGUGUGAGUAUAAUUGAUUCCAUGAUCAACAUGCUGGAGAAGUACGCUAAUAACCUGGAGGAUCUGGUAGAGGAGAGAACGGUGGCACUAAAUGAGGAAAAAGACAAGACGGACAAGCUUCUGUAUAGAAUGCUGCCUCGAUUAGUAGCCGAAAAGUUAAAGCGAGGGGAAUUCAUCAUUCCUGAAGCUUUCGAAGCAGUCACUAUAUUCUUUUCUGACAUCGUUGGGUUUACCACAAUAGCAUCGAAAAUAUCGCCGCUAGAUGUCGUGGAUUUUCUAAACGAGAUUUAUACGUUAUUUGACGCCAUUAUUUCUACUUACGAUGUGUACAAGGUAGAGACGAUCGGAGAUGCCUACAUGGUCGUGAGUGGGUUACCGGAGCGCAAUGGUAACGCCCACAGCGGGGAGAUAGGGGACAUGUCGCUCGAGAUUCUACGGAGGCUGGAAGACUUCAAGCUGAGGGCCAUUCCAGAACAGAGGGUCAUGGUUAGAAUAGGGCUUCACACGGGACCAGUAUGCGCAGGAGUAGUUGGUCAGACCAUGCCGCGGUACUGUUUGUUUGGUGACACAGUCAACACGGCCUCUAGGAUGGAAUCCAACGGACAGGGUGGUAAAAUACAUAUUACGGAGACGACCAAGAACGCUUUACUUGGAUUAGGAGGGUAUGAAAUCGCUGAACGAGGGUUGGUGCCGAUUAAGGGUAAAGGGGAGAUGUCCACAUUCUGGUUAAUCAAGAAGACGGAGAGGUUUCCCCCGCUACCAUCAACGUCCAUACAGGUACCCGACAAACCGCGCAAGUCGCUGCAGCACAGCUACUUCAAGACAGGGGCUUCUGAGGAAUGGACCGAAAUCAGUUACUGACAACUCAAACAAUAUACGAUAGUAAAUAACACAUUAGUUUUGAGAAUGAACUGAAAUUAUCAAUAUUAUGAUCAAUGAUCAAUAUUAACUAUAAACAGAAAAUGUUUGCUAUAUUGUUCCGUCCAUAUGUUGAAUAAGCGAUUAUUUCCUUGUGCUGUAAUAUAUAU